AUGCGGGUGUUCUUAUUCGCGGCGACGGUAAUUUUCGCGCACAAGCUCACCGGGUCCGGAGCCGGCGCCGAGUCCAGCUCCAAAAAGUGUUCCUCCCAGUGCGACGUGAGCGCGUGUCCUAGUCCCAACUGCCCCAGCGGGUAUGUCCCAGACCGGUGCAACUGUUGCCUGGUGUGUUCCCGGGGCGAGGAUGAACUCUGUGGCCGGAAAAACGACCUGCCGUGUGGGGACGGCUUAGAGUGUAGGUCCCCUAACGCUCCUAACAAGGGCCCGUCGGGGAAGCGGAGCUCCAAGCGGCGACUGUGUCAGUGUAAGAUGGGUUAUAAGGUGUGUGGUAGCGACGGAAAGACGUACGGGAACGUGUGUCGGAUGAAGGCUGCCAGUCGGAAAGCUCUUCAGAAGGGAAGGGAGGCCAUCACCAAAGCACACAAGGGACCCUGUCCAUCAGGUCCUGCUCCUGGCCAUCCCAACAGCCCCAGAUACAAGUUCAACUUCAUAGCUGACGUGGUGGAAAAGAUGGCUCCUGCUGUGGUUCACAUAGAGCUCUUCCUCAGACAUCCUCUGUUUGGUCGUCAUGUCCCUCUGUCUAGUGGUUCUGGGUUCAUCAUCAGCCCCUCCGGACUCAUCGUAACCAACGCUCACGUGGUAACCGCUGCUGCCACGGUAACGGGCCGACCGCAGCUCCGCGUGCAGCUCCAUGACGGGGGAGCGUACGAGGCCACGGUCCGGGACGUCGACAGGAAGUCUGAUAUCGCCACCAUCAAAGUCAACCCUCAGAAAGAGCUUCCUGUUCUGUCUCUGGGUCGGUCAUCUGAUCUGAGACCAGGGGAGUUUGUGGUUGCCAUCGGCAGCCCCUUCGCCCUCCAGAACACCGUUACCACGGGGAUUGUGAGCACGGCCCAGAGAGAUGGGAAGGAGCUGGGCAUCAGAGACUCAGACAUAGACUACAUUCAGACUGACGCUAUCAUCAAUUAUGGUAACUCAGGAGGACCUCUGGUUAACUUGGACGGGGAGGUGAUAGGCAUCAAUACCCUCAAGGUGACAGCAGGAAUCUCCUUCGCCAUUCCUUCAGACCGUAUCGGACGCUUUCUCACUGAGUCUCAGCACAACAAACACAGUGCAGGUAACCACAGAAUGCUGAGUGGUCAUUAUCGUAUUCCAGAACCCCAGUCAGAUGCAGGUAACCACAGAAUGCUGAGUGGUCAUUAUCGUAUUCCAGAACCCCAGUCAGAUGCAGUAACGACAGGAGUGAAGAAGAAGCGUCUGAUUGGCAUUAAGAUGCUCACUGUCACAGAUGGACUGGUGGAGGAGAUGAAGAGGCAGAAUCCUGACUUCCCUGAUGAUGUCACCAGUGGAGUGUUGGUCCAUCAGGUUAUACCUGAGUCCCCCGCACACAGGGGCGGGAUAGAGGCCGGUGACGUGAUCCUCAAGCUGAACGGCCGCCCGCUCAGGACCACCGACGAGCUGCAGGGGGCGUUGCUAGGCGACGGGCCCCUCCUCCUGGAGGUUCGUCGCGGCGACGACGAGCUGCUUUUCCACAUAGAGCCCCACGUCGUCAUGCAGUGAGGAGGCGGAGUCAUGGACCAGGGAAAUGUAGUUCGAGUAGUUUUUUUUUUGCAGAGUGGGGGGAGGGGGGUCAAUUCCAAUUCAAAAGGUAGUCAAAGUCAAUUCAGGAAGUGAUUUCGAUUUAAACUAAAUAAAUCGCUUUUACUUUUCAGUUUAUUGAGAAGUCGUUGAAAAUAAAUGGCCUUUUUGCAAUUGGAAUAUAAAUUUAGGACAUGAAUUGACCUCAGAACGACCCUGUUUUAAUGUUGUUCUGCGUUUUGACUGUGUUCUCUGUGGUGACUGGGCUGGACUCACUACAGAUGUACUGCUUGCUUCCCAAAAUGUGGGCACCAUAUUCCCUACCUGUAGUGGACACUGUGUUCCCUACCUGUAGUGGACACUGUGUUCCCUACCUGUAGUGGACACUGUGUUCCCUACCUGUAGUGGA